GAAAUAUACACCUUGUUGCCUUUUAUGAUUUUUACUUGUCAUUAAGGUAGGAAAUACAGGCUUAGUAAAAGAAAAGACGUUACAAAGAGAAUUACACAGAGUUAACAGACAACACUUCGAUUAUGAAUAAGACAGAGCUUCCAACUAUUGCUGAAGAUCCAAAAAUCCACAUCCUUACUAUCAAGAUAAUACGGAGACUAAAGGCUGACUAUGAUCUAUUGCAGAUGUUUGAAAUGGUACAGACGACCGUCAUUUUUCUAUCUCUGCUGUUUGGAUUCUUGUUCCUUCUAUAUCCACUUUAUGAAAGGCGACGUCGAACAACCGUUUGGAGUCUAUGGUGGACGACUUUGUUUGGAUUCAUACAAAUAUGCUACUGUGCAGCGAAUGUAUUUGUUGCUAAACACGUUCAUUUAAAACCGAAACCGGGCUCAAUACAAUGCAGCGACUUCUAUUCAAUUCCAAUGUUCUGUGAUGUUUUAUCAAUAGCUGUGCUUGUUGGUUCCGCUAUUGGUGUGCAUUUUAGAAAUUCAAAAAUUGUCAUUCUGAAAUAUGUAUUUUUCACUUACACAAUUCUUUGUACGCUUAGUGUUAUUGCACUUCAAAGUUUGACAAAUCUUCACCAACCCAAUGGAAUUAAACUGACACCAAACAUUCAGCUACAGCCAAUUUCUUGUUGUCUUAACCCAAAUGAGCACCUUCUCAUUAUUGCAUGUGAAUAUGUUUUGAUAUACAUUCCUAUGGGAGUUGUACUGUUGAUGGUGUACUCUCGAUCACGAAAGACAAUUACAGAAAAGCAUCAAGAAAUGUAUUUUUUUGUACCCUGCAACGAAAACAACGUAUGUGGAUCGUGCCAAUAUCAGAAUUUUGUCUGCCGGUCAAUCUUGUCUGCAUAUAUUUUAAGUAUAUACAUUAUCCGACCUGGAGUAAUCCUCGUUUAUUCCAUGUAUGAUUUUCUACACCAGGACAUUAUUCCAAGUAUUGUAUCAACUGCAGUGUAUGUGUUUCUAUGCUUUGAAUACACUAUUAUAUUACAAAGUAGCUGUAAGCAGAGCACAGAAACACAGACUGAAUCACGAAAGGACAGUUUACAAAAUAGUGACAUUAUCGACUUUUUUUAAAUAUGUUUUUUCAAACAUCUAUGCGUUUGCUUCAUUGUCUCAUGACGAGAACAAUAUUAAUACAAAAGUAGAAAAGACACCAAACGAAAACACAUCGAUAAAAGACUCAGAAUAAUUGUUUAAUCUCGAAAUGAUGAUGGUUGGCACGGAGGUGACAAAACAUACUCUAAAGAUAGCCGACAAAAUGUGGACGUUUCCGUUGCCAAUGUAGGCCGAAAGAUGGCAACUCGGAUGUUCAAUAAAACAUUGAUAUCUGUCGCGCAUGCGUAUAUUACAGCAACUGAAUUACAUAUCAACGGUUUCAGUAAUACAGUUUAUCAGAAAUCAUUAGAGCUAUUUUUCUAAUGCUUGUAGUUUAAGGGUUUUGUUGGCUUGCUUUGCUACUUUGUUUGUAUAAAUGUUUGCUCAAGCAUUGUUAUUAAGAUUGACAUCUGCAAUCAAUAGAUAGGCGAUGCUUCAACUUGUAUACAUUAUACUUUUAAAAAUGUUAUUGGAUUUUCAGUAUAAUGCAGAUUAUAAUGUAUACAAGCUGAAGCCCCGCCUAUCUAUUGAUUGCAGAUGUCAAUAUUAAUUACAGUGCUUGAGCAAACAUUUAUACAAACAAAGCAAGCAAGCCAACCAAACCUUUAAACUAAAUGCAUUAGGAAAAUAGCUCUAACUAUAUACUAUAUAUUUAUAAGUGUUUUUUAUUGUGUAUAUCUGAUUCAAUGCUUCAAAUAUACUUCUUUUUAAAUUAAUGUAUGCAUAUUGUUAUCAAA